AUGUCGCAUCUCGGCCCUGGCAAGGCCGUGAGCAGCAAGGAGCAGACUGGCCUGCGCUACCCGUCCAAUGGCAAGACCAUCUACCACCGUCCGCUGAACCGCACCAAGACCGCCGAACUCAGCCAGUCGAGCUUCGCCUACCUCUUUUCCGAAAUGGUAACCUACGCGCAACGGCGGGUUACCGGCAUCCAAGAGCUAGAGAAGCGCCUGAACCUCCAAGGCCACCCCAUAGGCCUCAAACUCCUCGACCUCCUCCUCACGCGAGAACCGCCCCGCUCCCAAACCCGCCCCCUCACCAUCAUCGCCCUCCUGCACUUCAUCAAAAUCAAUCUCUGGACCCACCUCUUCGGCCGCCAAGCCGACCGCCUCGAGAAGAGCUCCAACCCAGACACCCCCGACGAGUACAUGAUCAUUGACAACGAACCGCUCGUCAACGCCUACAUCAGCGUGCCGCGCGAGAUGAGCCAGCUCAACUGCGCCGCGUUUGUGGCGGGCAUGAUUGAGGGGGUAUGUGACGGGGCGAUGUUCCCCGCGCGGGUCACGGCGCAUAGUGUGGGUGGGAAAGAGGAGGGUGAGAUGUGGCCGGGGAAAACGGUGUUUUUGGUUAAGUUUCAGCCGGAGGUUUUGGAGAGGGAGGCGUUGAUUGGGAAGGGGUGA